AUGGAGGACAAUGAGAGUUGUCAGAUUUCAUUUGCGUUGCCAAUUGAAAAGCUCCCAUUUGACAGUGACACACCAAAAAGUAGACAUAUCUGCGACAAGAACAGUCCUCUAAAUCCAGGAGAAGUUUGCAAAAUGAGAAAUCACCCUAAAGUUACCUCUGUCCUUUUUUCUCCGCCGCGAGCUUCGCGCGUUGGUGAAGGAAAAAUCAAACCUAAGUCUUUCUCGACGAGGUUAUAUUCCUCGCCAACAAGGAAAACGAAACCGAGCGGAGUCGAAAAGGAGAAGAGAAAAACUCUUCAAGUUCUCCAACCAGCUGCAAGCGGCAAUGGCACGCUUGUUGGGAGCCGUGGCGUCGUUAGGCACAAUGAAAUGAAACUGAAGAAGGGUAAAUCACCAUCUUCGAAACUCAAACAGCAGAAGAUUAAGAUUCCUCACAAAUCAGGCAACAGUUCUUCUUCAACAUGUGCGGAUUCCUCAGAUUCUGAUACCGCUGUCAGUUCAGCCAGAAAGAAUACAAAAUCUUCUCAUGGGGAAUCAUUAGAUGAAGCAGUAGCAUUAAUGGUUUCAGAUCCGCCACCUGAAAGAUAUUGGGAGCUUUUGGCAGAGGAGAGGAGACUGGCUCUACAAGAGGCAUUGGAGGAGAAUGAAAGGAUGCAUAAGGAGUUAGAAGAACUCAGGGAAAGAAAUAAAAGCCUUGAAGAAAUUGCUGGUCAAGCUGAGUAUUUUGCUUCUCUUUACCAGAUGGUGAUGGAGGGAGAAGUUCCUGAUACAGAGUCCAGUGAUAAUGAUGAAGAGGUGGAUUGAUGUAUUUUAACUGUCUUAAUUCAAUGACUUAUUUCUGAUCAAGUACUAUUGUGAGUUUUUUUUAUUGUUUUUUUUUUAAUUGGGUGAUGUUUUCAAGAAGGAUCUCCCUGUGAUGCACAUUUCCCUCAUAUUUUUAUUUAUCCAUGCUCACAUUGUUUCACUAUGCACCUUAAGAAACCUGUUGCACCUCAAAAUUAAGAUGUAAUUGUAUAUAUUAUAAUUAAGAAUAAUUGCAUAAUGAUUGUUAAUUUGUGUUCUCUUUUUGGAAUUCUUACGGCCAUUUUGUUCUUUAAGGUUAUGUAUGCAUAACUUAUUUUCUCCAAAGAUAGAAUUCUUAGUGGCUUUGCCUUGAUUAUUACUUGUCGUAAUACAGGCCCCAAAAUUAAAAUAUCAUUUAAAUGAAAUUAGUGAAAGCUUUGUUUCAGCUGUUUUUAUUGAAAUGACACUCCUCAUCAGAAGUCUAACCAAUUUUGACAAGUUAGCAGUACAUAAGAAUGUCUUGUUAACCCUGUGACUUUCUCUACGACUUUUAAAUAGUUAUGAUCUGACCUUGCUCGUAUUUCUUAGCGGCACAGCCCUUACCGUGACAACUGAGUGCUUGCUGAAGCACACUUUUCCUUUCCCUUUAUUUCAAACAAAGCAGCUGCUACUUUUGUAUUCUCCAACACUGUCUAAAUAAUAUUUUGUUGAGUGAUGUAUUGUGUUCAGGCAGGUAUUUGAACAAUCUCUCUAAAUUUUCUUCCAAGAAGAGGUAUGAUGCUAAAACUAUUAAAUGUUGUUACAAAGAAUCCUUUGGAACCUUAUAAUAGCUUUUCCACCUAAUUUUUCUUUUUCCUUGAGAAUGAAGAGGGGACUUUCUUGGUGUACUGGAAUAAAAUCCCACUAAAUUUACAAUACUUUGACAUGUUUGCCUCUGUAGAACCAUGGCCAGGGACUGCCAUUUUUGUUGGUCACCAGUAUUUGGUGAUACUUUCAGUGAACAGGGUUCCUUCAAAGUCUUGAAUUCUUGAAAAAAGUCUGGAAAUUUGCGAACUACUUUUCCAGACCUGGAAAAAGUAUGGAAAUUAAAGGCAAAGUCUUGAAAAAUGGGAUUAAGUCUGGAAUUUUUCUCAAGAAACAACAGGUGUUUAAAAGCUAGCUGAAAUAUUUUCAAAGUAGCUGAUUUCACUUGAAUUAACUCGGCAAACGGCUAACCACUUUAUGAUAAGAAGUGGUACGGUAGGAGAAUGAGAUUGUUUCAAGUCUGAGAGCCCAGUCUCCAAUGCCCUGCAUUGCAUUGUGGUUCAUUGUGUUUGCAAUGUAUCAUGGUUUAUUUGUUUCCCGCAUUAGUUGAGCGAGGGAAGCAAUGUUUGUUCGCGUUCAUGCACUAGCAGUUGUUCUUCUCUGACUUUUCUUUUGCUUCGUGAUGAUGGGGAAGUGUGUCUUUAACGGAAAGUGGAGAGCAGAUGAAAAAAUGAAGGCCUGGAUUGCAGCUGAUCCUACA